UUUAUCGAAGCUUGGAGAAUCAGCUGAGAGACCAUUCAGUCUUGAAACUAUGGCUGCGGACCCAAAAUACUGUGGUGAUGUUGAGCUUACCGAAUAUACUACCAUGAAAGCUGGCUUUGAAAUGUUAAACAAACGAUAUCGACGGAAUCACAGAGAAAUGGAAAAAGGUAUCGCUGUUUUGGGCAAAUCAUUGGAUGAGCUUGAAAAUGCUGAAACGGUUGGUGAGGCAGUUGAUCUUUUAGACAAAGUAAUCAAUGCUGUUUCCGGUUCAAAAAGAAAGGCCUCCAGUGUAUUUACAGAGGAAUCGAAUCUUGUUCUUGCCUGUAAAAGGAGGAUUGAGCAUCUCAAACAAAUAUCUUUAAGCGAGGGGAAGAAUUAUCCUGGCCACCUAAGACAAGGUGAAGUUCCUCACAAUUAA